UAGGGGGAAACAGCAGUAUGGUACAUCCGCCUCUACCACCUCGAUACUACUGUCCAGGUCCAACAGCGUAUAGACCGAGGCAGAGCACCUGAGGUAACCAUGAUGUUGAAGGUUACAUAGCCAUGUUUCACGGCUUAGUCGGGAGCAUUGACCGGUCAGCUUAUCAUCGCGUCUCCUAUGACACUAGAGUUCUAGGCUGGCGAAUCGUGCAGUACGCUUCCGACUGUCGUAAGACCAGGUCGGUAGACCGGGAAGUGUCACUGGAAUGUCGUCUAAUGAACUUGUUGACAUUUUCUCGAAGCAGAUCGCGGUUGAAGCUCUCUCAAUGCCGAGGAACAGAGAUGCUCGGAUCCGAAGGGCGGAACUACCGAGCCCUAUCCGCCUGUGAUCGUCAUGUUCAGCGCCAGUCGACAGACCCGCUCAAUCGAGUGCUAAAAUCGUGCUACAUACCUAAUUGGUAUCAUCAGCCCCAAGUCUCCCAGUCCCCAGAGUUAGAGCCCCGUCGGAGCCACUCACUCACAGGGCGUUCCCUACCAUGUUCCCCCGCGGUGGCCUCCGUCGGAGCCUGUCUUACACAACGAAGAUCAUUUCACCCGCCACCGGCGCCCCGAGCCAUCCUGUGAACGACUCAAAGCUACGGAAUAUGCGUGACACCGAGUGGCAAAGAAGAAGUAUGGGUAUGCGCGGACCUCGAUUAGAGCUCCGAGAUCAUCCGCCCUGUUUCCGA